ACUUUAAAGCAUACGGCAGCGUUUCACUUUUUAAGUCUUGCCAUUAGGAAUUUGUUCCCUACUUCUUCAUGACGGACAGUAGAGUAAUUAGCAGAAGCAAACAUGGUGGAGAACAAAUUAGAUAGUGAAAUCAAACAGCAAGAAGGAGAAGAAGAGCAAGUAGUGAAUCCAUGGGAAGUGUCCGCAAAAGACGGAGGAAAAAUCGACUACGACAAGUUAAUCGACAAAUUCGGAUGUCAAAGGCUCGACCAAACCCUAAUUGACCGAGUCCACCGCCUCACCGGCCGUCCUCCUCACGUCUUCCUCCGCCGUGGCGUCUUUUUCGCCCACCGUGAUUUCAACGACAUACUUGACGCAUUCGAAAAAGGCAAACAGUUUUAUCUUUAUACUGGUAGAGGUCCCUCCUCUGAAUCUCUACAUUUAGGCCAUCUCGUUCCCUUCAUGUUCACUAAGUAUUUGCAAGAGGCAUUUAGGGUUCCGCUUGUAAUACAGCUAACUGAUGAUGAGAAAUGUAUGUGGAAAAAUCUCUCUGUUGAAGAAAGUAAAAGAUUGGCCAGGGAAAAUGCUAGAGAUAUUAUUGCUUGUGGUUUUGAUGUUUCUAGAACUUUCAUUUUCCAAGACUUUAACUAUGUUGCUGGUUCCUUUUACGAAAACAUGGUGAAGGUUGAGAAGUGCGUUACUUAUAAUAAGGUUGUGGGUAUUUUUGGUUUUACUGGAGAAGAUCAUAUUGGGAAAGUUAGCUUCCCGGCUGUACAGGCAGUUCCAUCCUUUCCUAGUUCAUUCCCGCAUCUGUUCUCUGGCAAAGAUGACAUCCGUUGCUUAAUACCCUGUGCGAUUGAUCAGGAUCCAUAUUUCAGAAUGACCCGAGAUGUUGCACCUCGGCUAGGAUUUCACAAGCCUUCAUUGAUUGAAUCAUUAUUCUUUCCUGCACUACAGGGGGAGACGGGAAAAAUGUCGGCCAGUGAUCCAAAUUCAGCUAUAUAUUUGACUGAUUCAGCUAAGGAAAUCAAGAACAAGAUAAACAAGUAUGCAUUCUCUGGUGGUCAAGAUUCUUUAGAAAAACACAGGAAAUAUGGAGCAAAUCUUGAGGUAGAUAUACCAGUCAAAUAUUUAAAUUUUUUCUUGGAGGAUGAUGAUGAGCUUGAACACAUAAAAAAGGAGUAUGCUGCGGGACGCAUGCUAACAGGAGAGGUGAAAAAGCGCCUUGCUGAGGUUUUGACCGAAAUCGUAGAGAGACAUCGGGUAGCACGGUCUGCUGUGACUGAUGAAAUGGUGGAUGCUUUUAUGGCUGUGAGACCCCUUCCCAAUAUGUUCGAUUAGAGACGAAGUAAAAUUGGUGUAAGCUUUUUCAAUUAAAUAUUUUGACAUUGCUUGAGAAUUAUGGGAAGGGUGUUCCUGUGCAAGAUCAUUGCAUUGAUUUGGAAAUUUUGACCAUUAUAGAAGUUCUAUGUACUUAAUAACACGAAGGAGAUAUUUAUCAAAUAGAAACAUUCAUUUUCCUGCAAA